GCAACUACUCCUGCCGCGUGUUCAACCUCUUCCACGAGGUGUGGAGCCGGGAAGUGGACGUGGAGAUCGGCCCACGGCUCUUCACCUCUGGAAGCUCCUGGGAGGAGGGGGACGGAGGCUCCCCGGAGCACCGCAGCCCCGGCCAGCUGUAUGCCACAGACAAAGUGGCCCUGCUGAUCGGCAACAUGCACUACCUGCACCACAAGCAGCUGAAGGCACCCAUGGUGGACGUGCACGCCCUCAGCGCCCUCCUCCGCCAGCUCGACUUCAAGGUGGUCUCGCUGCUGGACCUGCGCAAGGCCGAGAUGCAGAUGGCCGUCAACGAGUUCCUCCUCCUCCUCGACAAGGGUGUCUACGGUUUGCUCUACUAUGCCGGGCACGGCUACGAAAAUUUUGGCAACAGCUUCAUGGUGCCCAUCGACGCGCCCAGCUCCUACACCUCGGCCCACUGCCUGUGCGUGCAGCGGGUGCUGCGGAGCAUGCAGCAGCGCCGCACCGGCCUGAACAUCUUCCUGCUCGACAUGUGCCGCAAGAGGAACCUCAACGAUGACAUCAUCCCGCAGGUUGGGGCACUGCAGGUCACGGCCAACAUCGUCUUCGGCUACGCCACGUGUGCGGACGCUGAAGCCUACGAGCUGAGCCAGGGCGAGCUCUCCAACGGCAUCUUCGUCACCUUCCUCAAGCGCUGGCUGCUGGAGGACGAAAAGAUCACGGUGCUGCUGGACAAGGUGGCCGAGGACAUGGGCACGCUGGAGAUCACACGGGGCCGGCAGGCGCUGGAGCUCCGCAGCAACCUCUCGGAGAGCACGGACCCCAUCCACCCCCCGGGCCGGGAUGAGUCCUCUGCCAGGAACCUGCAGUGGGCCAAGGCUCACGUCCUGCCGGAGAGCCGGCACCUCCACUUUGACUGCGGUGUCACCGUCCAGCUGGGCUUCGCUGCCGAGUUCUCCAACAUCAUGAUCAUCUACACCCGUGUGGUCGCCACCCCUGAGGACAUCGCCAAGUGCGAGGCCAAGCUCACCGACAUACCCCAGGAGCUGGACGUGGACCUCAAAUGCACCAACAAGGAGAGCCCGGAGGAGGUGG